CUCUCCCUCUCUGAGUAUUGUAUCGAAAAUGCAUGCAUUCAAGUCCGAAGAACAGAGCCAGUUACAGCUCGUUGAACGAGAAGAGAUUGAAGAUGAAGAAGACUUGUUCGAAGCGAUCGACAAACUGAUUGCUCAUGGAAUCAAUGCCGGAGAUGUGAAGAAGCUUCAGGAUGCUGGGAUCUACACUUGUAACGGCUUGAUGAUGCACACGAAGAAGAACCUGACUGGGAUUAAAGGAUUAUCUGAGGCAAAAGUUGAUAAAAUAUGCGAAGCUGUUGAGAAGAUAGUGAAUUUUGGUUACAUUACAGGAAGCGAUGCUCUGCUCAGAAGAAAGUCGGUGGUUCGUAUCACAACUGGAAGCCAGGCUCUAGAUGAACUCUUGGGAGGUGGAAUUGAAACUAGGGCAAUUACAGAAACUUUUGGGGAAUUCCGAUCUGGGAAGACACAGCUUGCGCAUACACUCUGCGUUUCUACACAGCUUCCCAGUAGCAUGCAUGGAGGGAAUGGAAAGGUCGCAUACAUUGAUACUGAAGGAACUUUCCGGCCUGAUCGAAUUGUUCCAAUAGCUGAAAGGUUUGGCAUGGAUGCUGGAGCUGUCCUUGAUAAUAUCAUUUACGCACGGGCAUACACAUAUGAGCAUCAGUAUAACCUGCUUCUCGGUCUUGCUGCAAAAAUGUCUGAGGAACCUUUCAGACUUCUGAUUGUGGAUUCUGUGAUUGCUCUGUUUCGUGUGGAUUUCACUGGUAGAGGAGAACUUGCAGAUCGCCAGCAAAAGUUGGCGCAAAUGCUUUCCCGGUUAAUAAAGAUAGCUGAAGAGUUCAAUGUUGCAGUCUAUAUGACCAACCAAGUUAUUGCUGACCCGGGCGGAGGGGUCUUCAUAUCAGAUCCAAAGAAGCCUGCAGGAGGGCAUGUUCUCGCUCACGCUGCCACAAUACGGUUGAUGUUUAGAAAGGGCAAAGGUGAACAGCGUGUCUGCAAGGUAUUCGAUGCUCCAAAUCUGCCGGAGGCUGAAGCAAUAUCCAUCCCCUGUUUUUCCACUUGUUUAAUUCUAGCUUUCAUGACACCUAAAUCGCUAAAUCAUUUGCAUUUAUCCUAUAAUGGUGACCAUUUGAAUACGAUCAGAUAGCAGGCAAGCUAGAAUCUCCAGCACUACCUAGUGUCGGGUUCAUUGAUCCAUAGCAAAACCAUCACUUUGCGUCACAAAUUCAACAUCUCUAUUUGAGCAUUUAAAUAGAAUAACCCCAUAAAUUCAUUGACAAAAGUUGUUCUUGACAAAAACACAUAUUUCAGAUUACACCAGGAGGAAUUGCAGAUGCAAAGGACUGAAGUUCGCCCUUUUUGUUCUGUUCUAUAAUGCUAGAAAAUACUAACUAGUUGACAUGGUUUCUUUUUUUUUUGAUUCUUUUUUU